GCCGCCAUUUUCUCAGUGCGCGCCGCCGGAGCGCUUCUCUCAGCCGGGGUCGGUGAGGAAGGUACGCGGCGCGGGCUGAGGAUGGAAAUAAUAAUGUGUGAUAACGUGCUUGAGAGAGAAAAGCAGAUUGGUUGUUUUUCCUUUGAAGCAUUCCAGCCCGAGCACCCAGCUUCCAGCAGACACCCAGAGGAUCAGCAGAGGAAGUGGAAUAAGGAAUACAAACUGAUGUAUGUAGUAGUUUGUCUGAUGCUGUUACUUCUGCAAGGAGAGUCUGUCCCAGUGUGCCACCCACGGGAUAUUCUGAGUUCUACAGCCUUUAUUUUUAAAGGGAACUGAAGGAAGAGCCCUACGAAGAGAUGACGUGUAAUGGCCCAGAUGGCGCCGAACCUGGUGCCACUCCAGCCACUGAUGGCGACCAGGAGUGGAGCCAGGAACACGACCGACUGGGAACCUUUGUGGAGUUUCCCCCUGAUUGUCCAGUUUCAGCAUCAGCGCUUGCUCGAGCUGGCUUUGUUUAUACUGGAGAAGGUGAUAAAGUCAAGUGCUUCAGUUGCCAUGCGACUGUUGAAGGAUGGCAGCCUGGGGAUUCUGCGGUUGACAGACACAAAAACCUUUCCCCAGAUUGCAGAUUUAUUUCUGAGUCUGUGUUUUUGGAAAAUAACGUACAUCCUCUUGUGCAGAGCCACCGGCAUAGAACUGAAAAUGGCUCCAGCAAUUUAGCUCUCUCGCCUGCUCUGGAGGACCUGUCUGAUGUGGAGGCAGAUUACUUGUUGAGAACCAGGCAGGUUGUGGACAUGUCUGAUACUCUGUAUCCUAAGAACCCCUCUAUGUGCAGUGAAGAAGCCAGGCUGAAGUCCUUUCACAACUGGCCCCCCUACGGCCUGUUGACUCCAAAGGAAUUAGCUAGUGCAGGACUCUACUACACAGGUGUUGGUGAUCAAGUCGCAUGUUUUUGUUGUGGUGGGAAACUGAAAAACUGGGAGCCUGGCGAUCGAGCUUGGUCUGAGCACAAGAGGCAUUUUCCCAAGUGCUUUUUUGUCCUGGGUCGGGAGGUUGGAAACGUUUCAACUGAAUCUGUUUGUGCUGAGCUUGGGAGAAGCUGUCUGAACAACGAACAGCAUCCGAGGAAUCCAUCCAUGGUAGAAUAUGAGAGGAGGAUACAAACGUUUCUAACUUGGAUGCACCCUGUUAACAAGGAACAUCUUGCUGAGGCAGGCUUCUACAGCACAGGCAAUGGUGAUCACGUUGUGUGCUUCCACUGCGGUGGAGGAUUGCAGGAGUGGAAGGAAAAUGAAGACCCGUGGGACCAACACGCCAAGUGGUUUCCUGGGUGCAAGUUCUUGAGAGAGGAAAAGGGAAUAGAAUUUAUAAAUAAUGUUCACUUAAGAGACGGAUGUAUGGAUUCAACAAUAGAAGCUGCUGAAGUUACAGUACUUCCUAAAGAUGACCUCUUACAGAAUCAGUUGGUACAGAAUGCCAUACACAUGGGUUUCAGUUUGUCUGAGAUUAGGAGCAUUAUGGAAAAGAAGUUGCACAUGUCUGGAGAAAGCUAUACAUCUGUUGAGGAUCUGGUAGCAGACUUAAUAAGUGCUCAGAAAGAAAAUGCAAAGGGAGAACCACCAAAAGAAAGCCCACUUGAGCAAGAUCUCAGUAUUGAAGAGAAGUUAAGACGCUUGCAGGAAGAAAAGCUCUGUAAAAUCUGUAUGGCUAAAGACAUAUCAGUAGUCCUCAUUCCCUGUGGUCACCUGGUUGCGUGUAAGGAAUGUGCUGAAGCAGUUAAUAAAUGUCCUCUGUGUUGUACAAAUAUUAUCAAGAGACAGAAAAUUUUUAUGUAUUAAUGAAAGGCACAGUACUGCGGAUGUAAGUGCUCCUGCUUUAUUUCUUUAAACGUGUGAUGUGACAACAGAAGGCUGGGUGUUCACCAGUCUAGCACACACUUAUGCUGCAUCUCACUUUGGAGAUCAUGUAAACACUAAAGCUUUAAUCAACACCCUGAAAAAUGAGUUGACUGUCAGAAGCUGCUAGAUUUUGGUUUAGAGCACUCCUAUCCUACUGCCUCCUUAGUGCUCUCCUCACUUUUUGUGCUUUUACUUUUUUCCCCCACCAAUAAGUUUGAGAAAUCAGACAGCAUAUAAAUAGCAGAAAAAAAUCUACUAUUUAUAGACUGUGUUUCUACUAAUUUGCUCAGCUCAUUUAUCAGAAAUAGACCUGCUUAAUUUUCUCUUCUAGUGGGACCAAGGGUAAACAGCCUCAUCAGAGGGAAGAAAUGCUUUAGGGUAAUUUUUAUGUUGUUAUUUUGAAUAUUCAGAUAUCCGAAUAGAUUUUAUGGGGUUAAAAUUCUUUCUGAUUCAUUGGAUGCUACAUUAAGGACUUCAUUUUGUGCAUCGUAUCCCCUACUAAUCUGGUGUUUCUAGUUUGAAAAACAUCAGCUAAAGUAUCUUUUUGUUUUAUUCUUGUCAUUCGCCUAUCUUAAGAGUAAAAUAACAUCAGUAGGAGCAGCUUUGCUAUAGGUUCUGUCUUCGAGCUACAAUUGUCUGUGUGAUAUUCUGUAGGUCACUAAUUAGAUGCCUUUACUGCCACUGAAGGAUGUCUGUCUGUUUGUCAUUCUUGUUUACACUUGUAAGCCUCUGUAAGCGGUCUCAAAUAAUAAUUAACAGGCUAAGCAAACAUGAGCAACAGGAACUAGCUCUGAAUGGUGUUGGUUUUCUUCUCUUUUCUUCUUAGAUGGACAGGCUAGCAACACCCUUGGAAUUAAUGGACCCUUUUAAAGCUGCUCUAAGCUUUAAAAAUACCAUAACUGCCUGUGGGUAUCUGUGACUGACAAAAGGUGGAAAUUGUAACUGAUGUUAAUCAUGAUGUUAAUCAGAACACACAGUCUUAACUUCAUUUCAUGUGCCACCUACAGACAUAAAAUGCAGACAAUCCUAGGAUCUAAUCACCUGGCCAUAUUUAAGUUUUUCUGCUGUCAAACUACAUGCAUUCAAAUAUUCUUAAAAUUUUUCUUAUUUGAUGUGGAAAAACUCAAUUCUGGUACUGAAAGGCAAGUAUGUAACGUCUGGUUCACUUCAUAGACCUGGUUUGGCAAAGCCUAAGCAAUGCAGAGCUUUAUUUUUCACUGUGGAGAGACUCUGUAUAGCUGAAGUUUGUGCAAACAGAGCUGUUUAAGAAAUCAGGCCCUCUAUAAAACUCGUACAUGCUCAUUUCUGAAAUUCUGACUCCUAUUCGUGUGUGUCUCAGCUCAGGUUCCAGCAUCUCAAGAGCACCGUACCAUUGGAAAUGUUAGCUCUGUAGCUUUGGUUGUGACGUGAUUCAGAGAAUCCCCACUCGCUAUUUCUGUUGUUGCUGUAUGAACAGGCCUCAGAAAACUGGUUUUAGCCUUCUGCUUUUCUCAACGCGCCCCUCUUGUAUACAAAUGUCGUUCCUUACAAGUGAACUCAACGGAAAUGAAGGAUGUUCUGCAUACCUCGUGCCCUUCAUUAUGACAGGAGCUGUCUUAUCUUAAAUCAUCCCCGUACCCAUGAGACAUUCAUGGUUUGCCUCACGUUUCUAACAUUUAGCAUCAUCCUCAGUUAUUUUUUCUGCUCGUGUUGUAAGUAUAGCUGGUUUACAGUAACACUAAUUAUGUGACUUCCUAUUUAUGUGGGCAUACUAAUUUGUUUCUGUUCAUACAGAAAUUUUAUCUUGGGUCCUACACACUGAGUAAUAUAUUUGAUUAAUGAUCCUUUAUAAAGAAUAUAUAGUUUUUCACACGAUGAAGGUUUUAAAUGCAAUAUACAGAAAUGUAACGUCUCUAUUUUUGGUUAGAUAUUUGCUAUGAUUAUAUGAGAUUUCACAGAACUGACAUGUUGCUCCGGUGCAAUUUUGUGUGUAUUUAAAUAAAGUGCAAUCCAGUUGUUCCCAGA